UUUAUUUGACAGUUUAAACGUCUUCGUUAAGUUACGCAGUACGUGCCCCUGUAAUUCUGUUGGGGAAACCCCGAGUUUGAAGUUGCCAACGCCCGGUGUAGACUAAAACGAACAGGGUAAGAUCUUGAAUGAGAAUAGUGGAUCCUGCUAAAGUACCACUAUGCAGACAAUUAAAUGUGUGGUUGUUGGCGAUGGUGCUGUGGGAAAAACCUGCCUUCUAAUCUCAUAUACAACAAACAAAUUUCCCUCUGAAUACGUACCAACAGUCUUCGAUAAUUAUGCAGUAACUGUCAUGAUUGGUGGAGAACCGUACACUUUAGGGCUGUUUGAUACUGCAGGUCAGGAAGACUACGAUAGGCUACGACCACUGAGCUACCCCCAAACAGAUGUCUUUUUAGUCUGUUUCUCUGUCGUUUCACCUUCAUCUUUUGAAAAUGUUAAAGAAAAGUGGGUACCUGAAAUAACUCACCAUUGUCCAAAGACCCCAUUCCUGCUGGUUGGGACACAGAUUGACUUGAGAGAUGACCCAUCCACAAUUGAGAAACUUGCAAAGAACAAACAGAAGCCCAUCACCCCAGAGACUGCUGAGAAGCUGGCUCGUGACCUAAAGGCAGUCAAAUAUGUUGAGUGCUCUGCUCUUACCCAGAAAGGUCUGAAGAAUGUGUUUGAUGAAGCCAUACUGGCAGCACUGGAACCACCUGAGCCGAAGAAGAAGCGCAAAUGCGUAUUGUUAUGAGUGUACUGUCCUGUUAUUCCCUUGGCUGGGUAUUAAAAUCAGAUUUUACUCCAAAGUAAAGCAUGCUGCAGACAAUAGCAUAAAAACAAAUGAGCAUACAUUUGGAAUAUCCAAUAAAUAAUUCUGUAUGAUCCAAAAGGAUUUCAAGAUGGGUUGAAAUUAGCCUUUAUGGACAACAUUGCAAUGACUCACUUUUGAAUAACCUGAAGGUGACAUUAUUAAAACUAUGGCUUCAGGAAUGCCAAGUUAUAAUUAGAUCCUGUUCCUGAAGUUCACAGUAGUCCUAAUUGUACAUUUUACAUGGGGCUUUGGUCAUGGUUUAGUCCAAAUCAGUAGUUUAAGCAGUCACAUGUUUGACUUGAAUAUGUCCUCCUUACCAAGAUGGAAAUUCAGCUCUUUCCCAUUAGCAAUCCCAUAUGGUUUUCAAACACUCUCCCAUUUAGCAAAAAUAUUGUGAUGUAACAAUUUUUGUCUAGAUUUUUAGACUACUAUUAAAGGCUGACAGGGGAGCAGGGACAUUUUAACAGUGUUAGCCGAAUAAGCGGUGUAUUAAUGUGAUGCCAGGGACCAUACAGCGUUUAACAAGAACUUGCAAGGCAUGAUUGGUUCCUUGUAAUAGAACUAAUGAUGUGGUUUGAUUUUUUUUUUCCCUUUUUUUAAUUUUAAAAUGGCAGUGUUAUGCAUUUUUACCAAAACCUUUUUCCGUUUUAUUAAAGGAGAGUUUUACAUCUUUCGUUGUAUGAAGAUGAAUUAUACCAAAGCUUCGAAUUGCCUUUUGAUUUAAUUGGGGUGGGGAGUGCAAACUCAAUGCCAGUGAAGGUUCAGUUUGCUGGAAUGCCCAAUUCCUUCUACAUUAUAAACUGCUUACUCAUAAACAAACAUUGCUAUACUCUGUCGAUCUAUCGUUUCAUUCCAGCUUAAUUUCAUAUCUUAGGUGCAAACCGAAUGCUGUGUUUCUUUGUAUAUGCAUAUAAAAUAUAUACAAAAUGUAUUCCUUUUGCCUUUACUGAUUUAUAUACCAGCAUCCUUAAAAUGUUCAACUAUGAUGACUGAUUUUAACCACAUUUCAGGGGAAAGGUGCAUUUAGGAUGUUCUCAUUUUGUUGUGUCUUUUAAAUGUUAAAGCAAUUUAUUUAGCUUAUUCAGAAUUGAAUUACAUUUUCUGGGAAAAAACUGUUGGCUACACCACUUCUGGAUGAGUGACUACUUUGGCCCUAUGAAAACAUAAAGUCUUUAUCUUUGGCAGUGACAUGUAUGUGCUUUGUGUGUGUUAAUCCACUAGUAAUUGUACUGAAAGAUUUUUUUUUUACUUGCAAGAUAGUAAAAUACUGUAAAAGUAAAUACAAUAAUAUUCUAUUCUAAUAUUCUAAAUACAGUUUAGGAAAGAUGUUAGACUAGUGAAGAUGGUACUGAAUAGGGGGUUUGGCCUUGUAACCCACACUGCUAGUUGAGGUUCUAGCAGUGGCCUUGUUACAACAUAAGAUGUAAUAAUGCCACAUUAUGUAAUAACUUGACAAAAUGUAACAAAUUUUCAUCACUACGUUAUUACAUAAUGUGUCGUCACAUCGUGUAACAAAUUACAAAUGUAUAACCUACAUUAUUAUAUAUUUCAACAUUUCUCAAUCAUCAAUAUCAUAAUACUUCUAUUUGUAAUGUCAAAUUUACAUUUUCGAUUUAUCUAAUGUGGCAUUAUCACAUAAUGCAUUGUUACAGGCUUUCCUCUAAUACCUUUUGUGCAAGAAGCCAGAGGUAUACAUUUCUCAUGUUCUUGUAAGAAGUUCUUUUGGAGUAGCUGUUAAAAUUUUCUGUACAACUAGCAUAAUUGUGCUCUUGCUCUAUUCCUUAACCCGGAAAGUUGGUUCAUUGAUAGGUAGGAAUUUUAUUUACCUCUAAAAUAAACAAUGGUGGUUUUCAUGUUUUCUGCUGGGUGUAUUAGUAUGUAUACUUUUCACAGGUUCUCAGAGAAAUGCUAUGUAACGUAUUGACAAAUGGUAUAGAUUUCCAAAAUACAACUAAUACAAAUGUUUUUAUUUCUCAUAUUUUUGGAAUGAGGUGAUUGUAUGGAUUGCAUAAUAAAUAUAUCAUCUCUGUGUA